UUUUCCUUCCUAUUCAUCAUUUUAUGUCCUUGUGACCUUGAUGCAUUGAUGAUAUCGAUGCAUAAAUCUGAAAUACUUUACGUCUGUAGUGAAGGUCAUGGCAUCUUCCUGUGUUAAGACUUGCAACCAAGUUUUUCUGCUUUUGAAAGUGAAGAUUCUGAUGCGACCAGGGCAGAAACUAUAAAAAAAGAAGAUAAAAGUCAAACAGGCCAACCUGCUUCUGCCCAUCGUGGAAUCUACAGGUUUCUGCAGCGUGCUGUAACCGAUGGAUGCCGAGCUGUAGAAGUUGUCCUCUAGACUUGGUGAGAUAAGAACAGUCUACCAUGUUGUCAGCAGAGGAAUCAGAUGACCCUACGUCUUCAGAUGACUCCACAUCUUCUCAUGUAACUGACAGAGAUGCCUCUCAGUCUACCACAUUGCCGGAAGAGGAAUUGGAUGAUGCCACAUCUUCUCAUUUCACUGACAGAGAUGUCUGUCAGUCUACUACAUUGUCGGAAGAGGAUUUGGAUAACCGUACAUCUCCUAAUGCCGCUCAUGAAGAUGCGUCUCACUCUAAGAUGUUGUCGGAAGAGAACUUGAAUAACUCUAAAUAUUCUCAUGUCACUUACGAAGAUGCCUCUCAGUCUACCAUGUCAGCAGAGAAGCUGGAUGAAUGUACUGGUUUAUUUUCUCAUUUACCUGACACCUCUCAGUCUACCACAUUGUCAGCAAAGGCAUCGGAUGACUGUACAUCUUUUCAUGCCACUUAUGAAGAUCCCUCUCAGUCUUCUAUGUCAGCAGAGAUAUUGAAUGACUGUACGUCUCCUCAUGUCAUUUACAGAAAUGCCUCUCAGUCUACCAGUGUGUCAGCAGAGACUUUGAAUGACUGUGGGUCUUUUCGUGUCACUUACGAAGUUGCCUCUCAGUCUACCAUGUUGCCAGCAGAGACAUUGAAUGGCUCUAUGUCUUCUCAUAUUGCUCACGAAGAUGCCGCUCAGACUUUCAUUUCAGAGGAGACAUUGAAUGACCAAACAUCAUCUCCCGUGACUUACAGAGAUGCCUCUCAGUAUACCAUGUUGUCAGAACAGAUGUCAUGUGACAGUACGUUUUCUCAAGUCACUUAUGAAGAUCCUUCUCUGGUCACGGGAGAUUGGGAGCAACUGAAGUUUGCACACAUUGAUAAGAAAUCAUUUCUGUGCGAAGUUUGUGGCAAGACGUGGAGGACAAAAAGUGAUCUGGAUAUUCACUUUUUGACCCACAAGGGAGUCAAUUCAUUCUUGUGUGAAAUUUGUGGUAAAAAGUUUAGGACAAGAUGCUCCCUGAACGGGCACAUGGCGCUUCACCGUGAAGAGAAACAGUUCAUCUGUGAAAUUUGUGGCGCAACCUUCUCACAUAGAGGUAAGCUGACGCGUCACCAGUAUGACCACCGAGGGCAGUUCCCUUGUGACAUUUGCGAUAGAUCCUUCCUACAGGAGAGCAGCCUGACACUGCACGUCCAGAUGCAACACCCCGGACGUAAUCUGAAACUGUUCACCUGUGACAUUUGCGGCAUGUCCGUUACGACAGAAUGUAGGCUCCGAGCUCACCGUAAAAGCCACUUAGACGAAAAAUUGUUUUUCUGUGACACUUGUGGCAAGGGGUUCGUGGGAAAAGUUGCACUUAUGGUACACCUGAACAUCCACACUGGAGAGAGACCGUUCCCUUGCGAUAUCUGCAACAAAGCCUUCAGACAGAAAGGUGUUCUUAACAGUCAUCUUAAAAUCCACAGGGGAGAGCGACUCUUUGCCUGUGGGAUUUGCGGCAAAUCCUUCGUCCAGCGAAGCAGUCUCAAGCUCCAUCAUAACCGUAAUCACAAAGAGAAGCAUCUCGUCUGCAACAUCUGUGGUAAAGCAUUUGCAGAUGAGUAUUAUCUUAAGUGCCAUCAGAGGUGUCACAGUGGAGUAAAACCUCAUGCUUGUGACGUUUGUGGCAAUAGAUUCUUCACUGCUAGCGGUCUAAAAUAUCAUCUGCGGAUCCACUCUGGGGAGAAGCCGUAUGUGUGCGACAUAUGUGAUAAGGCCUUUAGGGCAAAUGGCACUCUGAAGUCCCACAGGCUGCGCCACUUUCAGGACCAACAAAUGGUCUCUGAUAACACAAGAACACCGAAACUCAGCCAGAAGAGUCUUACUGGAGAGCAACAACAUAGAUGCGAAUUUUGUGGGCGAGAAUAUUGUUAUGUAAGCCAGCUACAGGUUCACCGUAGGAUCCACACGGGAGAGAAACCGUUUGUGUGCAACAUCUGCAACAAGGCAUUCUCCACAAAUGGUAUCCUCAAAUGUCAUCGACUCUCACAUGCUACCGCCAAGCCGUUCGUGUGUGAAAUUUGCGACAGAGACUUCGCGCAGAAAACUCACCUGACAAAUCACCUGCUGACCCACUCUGAUCGGAAGCCGUUUCUUUGUGGCACUUGCAACCAAGCCUUCACGCAAAAAGGGAACCUGAAACAGCACAUGAUGAAGGUUCAUUCUAAGGAAGAAGCAUCUGUGAGUGGCACUGACAUGCAUGUGGCUACAUCACAUAAGAGUGGUGCAGUGGAGGUUGAUACAAGUACACCUCCACCUAGUGAGAAACCUCACGCAUGUGGUAUUUGUAACAAAUGUUUUCCACAUGCAAGGGCUCUUAAGAGUCAUCUAGUUGUCCACACAGAACAGAGGCGGUUCAUAUGUGGCAUAUGUAACAUAGCCUUCGCUCAGAAAAUCAACCUGAGAACCCAUCAGCUCAUCCACACCAAUGAAAAGCCACAUGUGUGCAGCACCUGCGGCAAAGCUUUCACCCAGAAAGGAAACUUACGGCGUCACCAAAGUGUCCAUUUCUAUGUCAAGCCAUUCCCGUGCGGCACUUGUGGUAAAUCCUACACACAAAGAGCCGGUCUCUUAAAACACCAAAGUGUUCAGCAUGCAGAAAAUGAUGUCGUAAAGCCUUUAAAGGGGGCCAGUCUCGCUCAUAAAAGAUCUUCAGCAUCCAGACGUGGUCGCGUGUCAAAGCAGAGAAGAUCACAGCAUGAUACAAAAACAUGUGCUGGUGACAUUUGUGGCAAAACCCUCACAUCACAAAACAAUCUUGAAAUACACCGAAGGGUUCUGCGCCCCAGAGAUAAGGCAGCAAAGCCUUCUGAGCUUGUACCAACCACCAGUAAUGGAGCUACCUUCCGCAGAAGUGGUCGUACCACAACGCAAACAAGAGAGAAGUUUGUUUGCGACUUUUGUCGCAAAAGCUUUUUCCACAUCAGCGGACUUAAAUCCCAUCAGACGAUCCACUUGGCAAAGGAGACAUUUAUCUGUGGGGAUUGCGGCAUAGCUUUCUCUCAGAAAGCCAGUCUAAGCAAUCACGAACGCACUCACCAUCAACAUAAACUAAGAGAGGAACCUAAGAUGUCCCACUCUGCGGUCAGAUCCUUCGCUUGCGGGACUUGCGGCGAUUCUUUUACUCAUAGAAAGCAUCUGUUUUCACACCUGGAAGUCCACAAUGACAGGCCGUUUAAUGGUCUUGAACUUGAACAGGAUAUCCACCAGAUAGAAUACUUGUCUGUGCCUGUGAAAUUGGAACCACUUGAAGAGGUAACAGGAGAAUACCCACAACCAUGGCAGAAUACAAUGUAAGAUAGCUGCUUUGUGAUCGGGAAAGGGGACUCAUGCUCUGAGCAGGUCUGAUGUGAUUGACCAGUAAGCAAGUGGACCAUCUCGCAAGGGGACCGGAAUGCUUGAGAAGUGCUGUCACAUCUUGCUCAUCAUCUUUUGAAGGUGUACUGUCUAUCCUAUUUUUCACUUUCACCACCCCCCCCCCUUCCAAAAGAAAUCAUUUUGAAUAUGCAUUUUUUUGCAACACAAAAGUUGUUCACUUGUGAACGAGAUAUUGAAACUCCAACCCAAUUUUUCAAUUUUUCUUCUGAAAUAAUGUAAUUGAAAAGUUAAGUGUUUAAUUAUUGCACAGGAUGAAAUGCUGAACAUUGUCUCUCCCUUUUCAGUGUUGGAUUGGCAGAAACAAGAAUUGAGAAUUUUUAAAUUGAAAAUCAUUGACCUGUGAAAGACAAUUUAAGAGCACUCUUUGAAACAAAAUAUUAGUUUGCAGCUGGCUGUAUUGUGUUUUUAAAAUUAUAAAAGUUUUCCUACAAUAUAUGACCAAUAUAAUAUGUACCUGAUGGCAGUGUUACUUUUUGGAGAUUCUUAGAUGAUUAUGAACUUGGAAAGUAAUUUCUUGCUUUAGAUACAUUGUAUUUGUAAUUUAAUUGGUCCAAUCCUUCAUAAAUUGAGUUUUAAUGAGAAGGAUUUUAUUUUGGUCAUCUUAUGAAUUUAUCUUAUUUUUGUCAUAGGACUUUGCAUAAUUGACAGAGUGAUUGGAAGAUUUCACAGCGCUAAAAAUUGAAAAACGCAUAUUGAGUGAUGUUCCACACACCAAAUGAAAUAGAGUCUUGUUUGAAACAAGUAUUCCAACACAUUUAUAAGAUUCAUGGCAUAUUUUACUUUGUUUCAGGUGCCAUGCAUCCUGUAGACGUACAAAAAAA